CCCAUUUCCUCCUCCGAGCCCGACGGGAGGGAGACAAAGCGGCGGCUGUCGGCCUCGGUGCUCCGGUCCUCCCGCGCUCGCCCCGCUCGCCGCAGAAAUGACUGCUGUCCAUGCAGGCAACAUAAACUUCAAAUGGGACCCCAAAAGUCUAGAGAUCAGGACUCUGGCAGUUGAAAGACUGUUGGAACCUCUUGUUACACAGGUUACAACCCUGGUAAACACGAAUAGUAAGGGCCCCUCUAAUAAGAAGAGAGGUCGUUCUAAGAAAGCCCAUGUUUUGGCUGCAUCUGUUGAACAAGCAACUGAGAAUUUCCUGGAGAAGGGUGAUAAAAUUGCAAAGGAGAGUCAGUUUCUCAAGGAGGAGCUUGUGGCUGCUGUAGAAGAUGUUCGUAAACAAGGUGACUUGAUGAAGAGUGCUGCGGGAGAGUUUGCGGAUGAUCCCUGCUCUUCUGUGAAACGUGGCAACAUGGUUCGCGCGGCUCGAGCGUUGCUCUCUGCCGUUACCCGGCUGCUGAUUUUGGCUGACAUGGCAGAUGUCUACAAAUUACUUGUUCAGCUGAAAGUCGUAGAAGAUGGUAUCUUGAAACUGAGGAACGCUGGCACCGAACAAGACUUAGGAAUACAGUAUAAAGCCCUGAAACCUGAAGUGGAUAAGCUGAACAUUAUGGCAUCCAAAAGACAACGGGAACUGAAAGAUGCGGGCCAUCGUGAUCAGAUGGCUGCAGCCAGAGGAAUCCUGCAGAAAAAUGUUCCGAUCCUCUAUACUGCAUCCCAGGCAUGCCUACAGCACCCUGAUGUCGCAGCCUAUAAGGCCAACAGGGACCUGAUAUACAAGCAGCUGCAGCAGGCGGUCACGGGCAUUUCCAACGCUGCCCAGGCCACCGCGUCAGACGAUGCCUCCCAGCACCAGGGUGGUGGUGGAGGAGAACUGGCUUACGCGCUCAAUAACUUUGAUAAACAAAUCAUCGUGGACCCCUUGAGCUUCAGCGAGGAGCGCUUUAGGCCUUCCCUUGAGGAACGCCUGGAAAGCAUCAUUAGUGGAGCUGCCCUAAUGGCAGACUCAUCCUGCACACGUGAUGACCGGCGUGAACGAAUUGUGGCAGAGUGCAACGCAGUCCGCCAGGCCCUGCAGGACCUGCUGUCUGAGUACAUGGGCAACGCUGGACGUAAAGAAAGAAGCGAUGCACUCAAUUCUGCAAUAGAUAAAAUGACCAAGAAGACCAGGGACUUACGUCGACAGCUCCGCAAAGCUGUCAUGGACCACGUUUCAGAUUCUUUCCUGGAAACCAACGUUCCACUUUUAGUAUUGAUCGAAGCUGCAAAGAAUGGAAAUGAAAAAGAAGUUAAGGAGUAUGCCCAGGUUUUCCGUGAACAUGCCAACAAAUUGAUUGAGGUUGCCAACCUGGCCUGUUCUAUCUCAAACAAUGAAGAAGGUGUGAAGCUUGUCCGAAUGUCUGCAAGCCAAUUAGAAGCCCUCUGUCCUCAGGUUAUCAAUGCUGCACUGGCAUUAGCGGCAAAACCACAGAGUAAACUGGCCCAAGAGAACAUGGAUCUUUUUAAAGAACAAUGGGAAAAACAAGUCCGUGUCCUCACCGAUGCUGUAGAUGACAUUACUUCCAUUGAUGACUUCUUGGCUGUCUCAGAGAAUCACAUUUUGGAAGAUGUGAACAAAUGCGUCAUUGCUCUGCAAGAAAAAGAUGUGGAUGGGUUAGACCGCACAGCUGGAGCAAUUCGAGGCCGGGCAGCCCGGGUCAUUCAUGUGGUCACCUCAGAGAUGGACAACUACGAGCCAGGGGUCUACACGGAGAAGGUUCUGGAGGCCACCAAGCUGCUUUCCAACACAGUCAUGCCACGUUUCACCGAGCAAGUGGAAGCGGCGGUGGAAGCCCUCAGCUCAGACCCCGCCCAGCCCAUGGACGAGAAUGAGUUUAUCGAUGCCUCCCGCCUGGUGUACGAUGGCAUCCGGGACAUCAGGAAAGCAGUGUUGAUGAUAAGGACCCCUGAGGAGUUGGAUGACUCUGACUUUGAGACGGAAGAUUUUGACGUCAGAAGUAGAACAAGCGUCCAAACAGAAGACGAUCAGCUGAUCGCCGGCCAAAGUGCCCGGGCGAUCAUGGCUCAGCUUCCCCAGGAGCAGAAAGCAAAGAUUGCAGAGCAGGUGGCCAGCUUCCAGGAAGAAAAGAGCAAGCUGGAUGCUGAAGUGUCCAAAUGGGACGACAGUGGCAACGACAUCAUCGUACUGGCCAAGCAGAUGUGCAUGAUUAUGAUGGAGAUGACCGACUUCACCCGCGGUAAAGGACCACUCAAAAAUACCUCAGAUGUGAUCAGUGCCGCCAAGAAAAUUGCUGAGGCAGGUUCCAGGAUGGAUAAGCUUGGCCGUACCAUUGCAGACCAUUGCCCAGACUCCGCCUGCAAGCAGGACCUGCUGGCCUACCUGCAGCGCAUCGCCCUCUACUGCCACCAGCUCAACAUCUGCAGCAAAGUCAAGGCCGAGGUGCAGAACCUCGGCGGGGAGCUUGUUGUCUCAGGGGUGGACAGCGCCAUGUCGCUGAUCCAGGCGGCCAAGAACCUGAUGAAUGCUGUGGUGCAGACAGUGAAGGCGUCCUACGUAGCCUCCACCAAAUACCAGAAGUCUCAGGGCAUGGCCUCCCUCAACCUCCCUGCCGUGUCGUGGAAGAUGAAGGCACCUGAGAAAAAGCCCUUGGUGAAGAGAGAGAAACAGGAUGAGACGCAGACCAAGAUCAAACGGGCAUCUCAGAAGAAGCAUGUGAACCCUGUGCAGGCCCUUAGUGAGUUCAAAGCUAUGGACAGCAUCUAAGCCUGCUCCAGCCCUUGUGGCUUCUAAAGAUCACUGUUCUUCACUCAAUGUAUUUGCUAAAUAGAACACCAGUGCUAGAUUCCACAGGUAAAUAGGCAGAUUUUAAGCCUGGCCAGGUGGUGAAUUUUGCAAGGACAUAUUUCAGAUGGUCAGAAAUGCUUUUAGAAUUCAGGAGCAUAUUUCUAGCUAUAUUUUUUAUAAGCAUAAGUAAGAAUUCCAUAACCAAAGAGAAUCCCACAUUAACUUGUUAGUAAUCCUCGAGAAUCCCACAUUAACUUGUUAGUAAUCCUCUUGGCCAUGUCGUGAUGCCCGUUCUUAUUGGUGGCACUGUGGGUUUGAGGGAAGGGAGUCUGACUCACCCUGGUAUAGGAGAGGGUGCUUCCACCAAUACAGGCUCAAGUACUUGCCUGGUCUGGUAUUAAAUGACCAAAGACAACCCGUGGUGAGCAACCAGGUAUCUUAGGAAGCAUUCCCUAGAAAACUACGUUCUCAGAAAGGUGUUCAGAGGGACAAACCAUAUAAAACUCGGUAAAACAAUGUAGCAUGAAGAAAACUGCUCUCUUUAUGACAUAAAAUGAGAAUUUUAAUGCAUGGUUAAAAUUACUAAUGUACUCUGUUAUAGGACAUUAAUAACGUUGCAUUUUUUCAGGCUAGAAUGUUGUGAUGCUGUAAUCAGAACAUUGCUUUUUCCCCUUUCUUCCAACCUCAAAUGCAAAUUCAUCAUUGGGCUCAUGUCUAAUAAUUGCAGUGCUUCCUGCCUUGGGCUUGCAACAGAAGCUUGGCAAAAAAUAGUGUUUGCUUAGGCAAUAAUUUAGACUUUACAUUAUUUGUGAUUACUAUAGCGAUUACUGCAGCUACAAGGUAUAAUAAUUUUACUGUCUUAUUUAAAUUUUUUGAGUUUUAAUGAUUUUACACUAACUUUUCCCAAUAAAGUCCACUAUGAAACCAAA